AUGUCAGGCUCGGACAAGGGGCAGGUGUAUGGUACCCUGGCCAAACUUAUUUUCACUGACCACCUGAGGUAUGGUCACGCGUUCGCCACCAACGCAAAGAAGUUUUGUGACGGAGUCUGCAACCGCAUCCAAACACUUAGGGGGAAAUACAAGAAACUCAAGGCAUCUUUUGACAGUACUGGCGCUGGUGUGAUGCCUGGUGAAGGCACGCAAACGAGAAAUCUUUUGGAUGCAGCGCUCUUAGAGCUCCCAUGGUAUAUGGAAUUGGGUGCCAUUUGGUAUUCCAAUCCGUCCAUGGCUGCGAAGACUCACUCAUCAAGACCUGGCGUCGAUCACGCCGGCACAUUGUAUUCCUUGGUUGGACCACAUGCUGGGGCUGGUCCCCCCAUGCAACUUGACACCAGUGCCAGUCCCAUGCAGUACCCUCAACUGCCUCCUCAAGUAUAUCCCCCGCACGAUAUCCAUCCUUCCAGCACUCCGCCCUUGCAUUAUGGCCAGCACUACUAUCCCCCAGCAAUGCCUUAUGCUGGGGGUUCACACGGUGAUCCCUCCAUCGAUCCAACACUGCAACAUCGUGCUCCUGCUCCCGCAUUACCCUCCGUUGGCCCUUUGCCCUCCGCUGGCCCUUUGCCCUCCGCUGUCCCCUUACCCUCCACUGCCCCCUUACCCUCCGCUGCCCCCUUACCCUCCGCUGCCCCCUACAAUCAGUCCCCCCAAAUCCAUCUCCCUGGCCUUCCAACAUCAGACGACGACAUGGACCUGGACAUGGACUUUCAAGGCACUGGUGGCCCAUUGGAUGCCCCCCUCGAAGGUGACAAGAGGGCCGAUAACUCUUCCAAAGCUGCUGGGAAGAAGUGA